AUGUAUCACGCCACGCGACACGUCAUCACUGAACAAACGCCAAAGCACCAGUAUGAGCCCUUCUUGGACUGUGGUGAGGAUUGGCAGCUCACGCAAUGCCGUCGCGCCGAUGGAUGCGCCUGUCCGUUCGAGGACGAGCCAGAAAUUGUGCAGCUCGCCGGUGCUCGUUGGCGCCCUGGCGUUGCCGCGCUUGUGGUGAUUGCCAGCAUCACGACAGGCGUGUACUAUGGCACGCGCUCCUCCUCCUCAUCAUCGUCCAGCGGUGGGGCAGGAAACGGGGCGACUAACGCGACAUCAACCACAGUGUCCUCGUCCAACAUCACCACAACCACGACCACGACGACGACAACAACUACCACCACCACCACUACGACCACUACGACGACAACAACAACGAACGGACCAAUCACGGCCGAUACAACGUCCAUUGGUGGCCUGUCCAGUGAUCAGUGGAAGUGGAUCAACGGGGUCUACGCCAAUGACCUUGUUUUCGGCAUCCCCAUGUCCGCGCAGGAGGUGCUUAUCGUUGACCCUGCCACAAACACCGCCGACACAACCAGCAUUACUGGCGUUGGCACGGCCGCUUACAAGUGGCAGAGUGGGACUCUUGCGAACAACGGCCUCAUUUAUUGCGCGCCAUACAACCACCCCAGCCCAUCCCCCGUGCUGAUCAUCGACCCCGUUGCUAAGACGUUCGACACCACAACCAUCACCAACUUGUACCACACGUACAACAUGUGGAUGGACACAGUUCUCGCUGACAACGGGCUCAUUGUUGGCAUUCCUGGCAAUGCGGCACAUGUGCUGCUGAUUGACCCCGCCACGAACACGGCGGACACCACAUCCAUCACCGGCAUGCCCAACAAUGGCCAAGAGGAGUGGGGCGCUGGUGUGUCAGCCGACAACGGUCUCAUCUACGCUGUGCCCGGACGCAACCCCAAUGUGCUCAUCAUUGACCCCGUGGCCAAGACGGCUGACACCACGUCCAUUGCCAACGUCAACAGCGGUACAUACGCGUACUAUGGCGCUGUGCUUGCCCCCAACGGGCUCGUCUUUGGCAUCCCGCGUACCGCCACCUCUGUUCUCAUCAUCGACCCUACGACGAACACCGUCGACAAGACUUCCAUCACUUUCACAAGCACGAGCUCCAAGUGGGUUGGUGGGGUGCUUGCACCCAGCGGCCUCAUCUAUGGCAUCCCGAGCGACAGCACCGACGUCCUGAUCAUUGACCCCGACACCAAGGCCAUUGACCGCACGACCAUCACCGGCCUUCCAGCCGACGCCAACAAGUGGUGGGGCGGCGUGCUGGGACCCAAUGGCUCCUAA